UGACAAAAAUAGGAAAGGUGAGAAAGAAAUUCAAGGAAAUCCAAUGGCAUUUUGUUGGCAUCAUUCAUCAACUAAACAUUAAUUUUCCAACCACAUCAUUAAAGCCAUUUUCUUAUAAAAGACUUGAAUUAUUAUUUUACUUUUUUUUGUGUAAACGUUUACACAUUUAUCAAGAUGCCGUUGGUUCAGAUUAACAUCACUCCAUCAUGCUCAUGUUUGUCUACGAAAGCAAGUGCACGUUUGUUUGCAGCAAUUGCAUCUUUCACAUCAUUCACAGAGUUGUUAUUGAGUUUUGUUUGGGUAUUGAACAAUGAUAAUCAUAAACAUAAUGAAUUGUUGGCAUUGGUAAAAAUUGUUACAAUGUUUGUCUCAUCAUCAUCACUUGUGUUAUCCAUUUGCUUAUUAACUGGUGUCAUCAUGGAAAAAUCAACAUACAUGGUACCAUGGUUAUCCAUGAAAUUUGGAAGCUUCUUUUUUUUUGGUGGAUGUAUUUUUGCAUGGAUAUUUACUGGUCAUCUCUUUGUUGGAUCACUAUUUGGUUCAUUGGUUGGAUCUUUUUUUGGAAUAUUAAUAUUCGCCAUGUAUAUUUACAUGUACUUGGUGUUGAUUAGUUAUUGGCAAUUGUUGACUAAUAACAAAACCAAAACAGCAGUAACACCAGCUGGAAGUGUUCAUUUUGGUACAGCAUUUAAAAAUAAUGAAACAACUGAAAUUCCCUAAUUUCAU